UUCGCCGCGGUGACAGGUGCCACGCCGCCCCUGCACGCAAGUUGCGCUCGCGAAACUACCCCAUUGUUUAUAACACUUGUUGUCUUCGGCGUCCGGUGUUGAUAUAAAAACCUACUUAUUCCCAAUUUAUUGCUGAUAAAAAAUGUGAACUUAGUGACGUGAAGUGGUUUAAGUAAAUACCGGUUGGUUAUGUUGUCAAGUACGACUUAAGUGCGAAUUAUUUUGUUAAUUGACGAUGUACACAAAUCCCGCAUGGAUUUCUCUUCAGUGAAACGCUACUGAGAUCUCACCUGCAGUUUAUAUAGGUCGGCGUCGGUGGUGGGGCGGGCCAGGAUGAUGGAGUGCCUGUGCCCGGCGCCGCGCACGCUGGCCUGCCGGGUCGUGCUGCUCGACGAACGGGAACUCCUGCACGAGAUACAGGACAACAGCACUGGACAAGCGCUUCUGGACGUGGUUUUCAAACAUCUCGACCUUCUGGAAACGGCCUACUUUGGAUUACGUUACGUCGACCAGGAUAAUCAGACUCAUUGGCUAGAUGCUGGGAAGCGAUUACGGCGGCAGCUCAGAGGAUCGGACCCUCACACCUUUUACUUCGGUGUCAAGUUCUAUGCUGCGGAUCCUUGCAAGCUGCUGGAAGAAAUCACAAGGUACCAGUUGUUCCUGCAGCUGAAACAAGAUGUGCUGCGCGGGCGUUUGCCCGUGGGCUUCGACCUGGCCGCCGAGCUCGCCGCCUUUGUUCUACAGUCGGAGUUGGGAGACUACGACCACAGGCGGCACGCGCCGGGCUACGUGUCGGAGUUCCGGCUGCUGGCGCAUCAGACGCCCGAGCUGGAGUCCCGCGCAGCUGAAAUACACAGGACGCUCACAGGAAUAUCUCCGGCGCAAGCUGAAUUGAGUUACCUGGACAAAGUGAAAUGGCUCGACAUGUAUGGCGUCGAUCUGCAUCCCGUUCUGGGCGAGGACAGCGUGGAAUACUUCCUGGGUCUGGCGCCGAGUGGCCUACUUCUGCUGCGCGGGAAACACACAGUGGCCAACUACUACUGGCCACGCGUCUCCAAGCUGUAUUACAAGGGCCGCUACUUCAUGCUCAGAGUGGCCGAUAAGAAUAACGAAACAUCAACAUACGGCUUCGAGUCGCCAACAAGAUCGGCGUGCCGGCACCUCUGGAAGUGCUGCUCAGACCACCACGCCUUCUUCCGAUUGCAGCAAACGGCUCCGGCCUCUGCUGACAUCUUCGCGCUGGGCUCACGGCUGAGGAACAGCGGCCGCGGAGGCCGGCCCCGUCCGCCGCCCUCGUUCACGCGGACGCCGUCCCGCCGCAUCGCCCGCCCGCCCCACGCGUCUCACGCAUCGCUGCAUGACGUGCCAAAACUAGAAGACUUGAGAAUAAAAGACUGCCUACCGGAGAUGAAACAACCUACCUCAGUACACCGACCUAAUUCAAUUAGCGGUGAAGGCGGCUGCGAACCGCCAGUUGGACCGGGCGGGUCACCCCGGUCCACCCGAUCCGCCCCGACGCGGCGCGGCCUCUACUCCGCGUCGCCGACUAACACCCGCCCACCACCAGCGCCGCGGCAUCGGUCGGCGUCAGUCGACUCGCAAAGCUCGAAUGACUCGAGGUCGAAUCGCAAGCACAAGCAUCGUUCUCGACGGCAGCAGUCGGAUGCUGAAAGCGAGCUGUCUCGAGGCUCCGGCCGCUCCGGGCGGCGGCAUCGCCGGCACCGCUCGCGACACAAGCACGAGUCCGGAUCAGAGAGGGACGACUCGCAGCCUGAUGCCAAAGAAUACGAGCUAAUUGAAUCGGAAUCCCAAUGGAAAGAAGUAUUACGGCAGACAAAUAAUACGGGAAGCGGCAUUCAAGUUGCCAACGUACGCCGUUCACAAAUGGAGCCAGAGACUGGUACUCAUAGGUCGUCUCACAGGCACCGAAGGCAUAGAAAACAUCGGUCCCGAUCAGGCUCUCCAAAUGAUAAAAAAUGGCUGCCGACUGAACUGAAGCAACAUUUGGAGUUCUCUUUAGUGGACACAACGGGUAUGACUGAGGAGCAGCUGAAGGAAAUACCCUACACAGUUGUCCAGACUAGUCAUGCGCGGCAAACUAAACUCAGGACUUCCUCUAAACAUAGGCAGACGGAACAUGGAUCAUUAGCUAGGCGAGAAAAGAGUUCAUCGUCUCACGGAAAAGUUAUCCAUGACAACCAUCAUCAGGGAUCUCUAAGGUCGAGCUCAAGUACUCUGAGCACGCACCGAACAGGCACUGAGAAGCAUGGAAGGCGAAUCUAUCCAAGUUACGAUGACACUUUAGGUCGCAACGGGGAUGAUUUCCUUACCAACAACGGGUACAAGGGAAAUGUGACCCCAGUUUCGAACAACAACAACCCCUACAGUCCGGUCACAAAUAGCAACAGCAACAGUUCCAGUGGAGAGCUGAUUGGCAGCGCAAGAGUUUCGCAUGAGCAUACAGACUCAGGAUUGGGAGCUGAUCAGGACUACGCGUAUUCUUCUGAAAGGUCAAGCGACAGCGCCAAGUGCGGCGCGGGCAGCUCCAGCGUGACAGCGCCUGUGAGUAGGCAGUGGUGCGGAGCGACGGGCACGGGAGGGGGCGGCGCGUGGGGCGGCGGGGGCAACGGCUGGGGCGGCGGGGGCAACGGCUGGGGCGGCGGGGGCAACGGCUGGGGCGGCGCGGCUGUCUCGCGGCGCCCACCAGCCGCCCCAGGCCGCGCCCGCGCAGUCUCUGGCUCGCAGCGCUCGCUUCUCUCCGUGGCGAGCGACAGCGCAGCCUCGCGGCGGCCGCGCGACCGCCCCACUCGCGCCGCCCCACCUGACGGGGGCUUUUCUCUCUUCAGACAUGCUAGCAACAACAACAUUAUGGUGGGCGAAAGCGGGUCGCUGGCGCGGCGGUACGCGCGGCCGGCGCGUGACUCGCGGGAGGCGCGCGACCACAACGCGAAUCUCGCGCGCACGCACUCGCGCCUCGCCCACGCGCAUCACGCGCAAACGCACGCGCGCCACGACAACACCCUCGACAUUAUCCUAAAACCUCUCAUAGAAAGCACGCAGCUCCAGAGCAAUUGAACCCGUCCGGCGAGGCAACACCUGGCGAAGGGUCCUUCGGCGCGGGCAGCAAGCCGGCCGGCGCGGAGAUGAGCACCGAGCUAUGAAACGACAUCUAACUUCAUUUGUUUUGUUCAUCUCAACCGUCACUCAUCGUACCUAUGUUUAUGCAGACAUAACUCCAAUAUUGUGUAAAUACUCAGCAAACAUUGUAAUAUCGUAAGUUGUUUUGUAAGCUCCUAUUGCAAAAUAUAAUAUUUCACCUGAUAAUAAUCGCUCACCUGGAACGAAUCACCGGGAGACUUACGGGAAAUAAUCUUAUAAGAAAACGUAAGCAGAACGGGUAUAUUAUAAAGGUUCUGAUGGUGUAUCUUUUGUAGAGGCGGGGAAAAUAUUAUAGGGGAGAUUUAUGAGGAAACGGGAGAUUGCGGUAAUCUUUGGUCUCUCCAGGAGGCGCGUUUAGUCUGUAAGCCGCGUGUUUGUAAAUAUUUAUUUUUGUACAUAGAUACUUUGCUCCGUUUGAUGACAUAAUCUUUUCAUGUAAAAUCUCAAUUAUUUGAUCUAUUUAAUCAAAAUGUUGCUAAUUAUAUUUUGGGACGCACGAUACGGCCGUGACUCGAUUCAUUAAUAAAUUAAUAUAACUUCAAUUGUUUCUUGUUACAAUGUGUUAAGAAAAGCUUUACUUCAAAUAUACGUCUCUUGUUGCGUCACUCUUAAAAUAAGAAACAAAACAACAUUCGUCGUAAUAAAACGUAAGGUAAAUAGCAUCCGGGACAUCGUCAACGCGACAGCAUGAUUUCCUCGCCUCGCACGACCUCCUGCGUCCCGAAUUAAUCGGAUCACCUAUAAUUUCCUCCCGGAACAUUAUAGACCAGGUGCCUGGGAAAUUAAAGUGUUUCUACAUCGAAUUAGGAAAAUUCACAUGUAAAUAUUAAAAUUUUUAUGCAUUGACAACAUAGAAAUAAAAAAAUAAAUAGCCAAUGAAGUCAUUUCUGAAUAUGGUUUUCUUAAAUUGAAUUCAGUUCGACGGUUAAUAUCAGAGUUCCGGAUUUUGUAAGCUUUUCCUGUUUGAGUGGGUACCUACCGUUUUUGGGAAAUUUUCAUGAUUUGAGUAUAGCAACACUUUAAUUUCCCGAUUUCGUAAUACAAACGGUAUUGCAAAUUCGUAUUCUAGGAUAAGCGCGUUGUUUUAUUUAUUUAUAUCAAGGUCAACAACGGGUAUUAAUGUAUCAUCCUCAAUUUAUAUAAAUUACCUACUGAUGUACAGUUGUUAUGUAGCUUAGUGUACAGCUAGGAUUUUUCUGAGAUUUCUCAAUUUUUGCAAGCUCUAUGUAGAGUUGUCUCUUAUUCAAUCGAUUUAAUUAAUCACAAAUGACUCUUUUAUACGUAUAUGAUUAUGUAAUAAACGUAUUUUAAUGUAUUAUUGUAAUAAUAAUUAAUUAAUUCAUAUGCAAUUAUUGUAAUUUACUUGGAUCAUUUUUGUUUUAUCUAUUGUAUGUACAGUUUGCGACGAAAUGUUUAUAAUGUAUCGGUUAUGAUAAUAUGUGGCAUAAUGUCUAUGUAAUAUUUAAAGUUAGAUACAUCUGUAGUAUUUGGAACAUAAACAAUGCUCAAUGAGUAUUGAGCGAAACCAAAGUUGUUCCUUAUUUUGAUAUAAACUGAUACGGUAUUAAUAAUUUUCGUAAUUUCAUAUCAGAGAACGCCGUUUUAUAACAGUUUUAAUUCCUAUGUAUAAGGGAUAAUAAGGGAAAUUUCAGAAUAAUUCUAUAUAUAAUUGUCCUGAAAUUUUUACCAUUGUAAAAUUUUGGCAGUUCGUAUGCUACUUUAAAGUCACAAGUAACUAAACGUAGUUGGUCAAUUGUACCGUGGUAAGACUGAGGAUAUGACGUGUGUAAUAAUUCC